CACGAACGUCGUCGCCAUUAUGGCGAGAAUCCUGGCGGUGAAUCGUUCGGCACGGACAUCUCCGAUCCGCAUUCCUCCUAUUCGCGUCAGACGCACAGCAAACAUGCCUCAUUCGAGCAGAAUCUCUCCGUGGACAUUGCUGAUGCGUCAUAUUUGACACCUAUGGGACCACCACCCCAAUCUCAAUUGGGUAUCCCUCCAUCCGGUCAAAUAUCUCCUCAUAUGGGGAAUCAUAUCGGAUCACAACAGCCCACCUAUAUGGUCAAUCAUGUGAACUUCAAUUUACAACCUGGGCCACAGAUGGUCAUGCAGCAACAGCAGCAAGAGGAUAUGAUGCCUGAGAACUACACGCAGCCUGGGCAGUUCGAGGACGUACCUGGUACCACUCACCUCCAGGAUGUUGCGGAAGUGGCCGAACCUGUAGAACAACCACCCCCAAAAUCGACGACGUCGUCUACGCUCAAUCCGAACCUUGCCAACAAUCCUCAGAGCUCAUCGCGAUUUUCACUCAGUGAUGAUCACUUCGAUCAGUAUGUGAUGGCAGGCACGAGCAUGCAGCCAAGACUUCGUCGAAAUCGCCCAUCUCUGAUGCGACAAAGCGACGUGAACGACGCUACAUCAGUACGUUUCAUAUCACGUAUUAUUGCGCUGUAA